ACAUUUAUGCUUAGAAGAUUGUUUGUUGAGCGAUCCUUCGGUCUGAGCCAGAGCUUGGGGAUGCAAAAUCACGCAUGUAUACAGUCUGCACGGACUCUGGGGAGAGCGAGGAGGCAGUGGUGGACAGGGAUCUGAACCUCACCGAUGAUGUGGAGACGGUGACGGAGGAGGAGAUCAUAGUUUCUGUGAAUCGAACCUCCGAGAGAAUUCUCCACCUGGAGGACGGCACGAUCCGCGAUCCAGAGCUCCACCGCCUGAAACGCGACGUCGAAUUGAUCACACGGGAUAGCUUCAGAGUUCGGGUAAGCUUUCCGGCGACAGCUUCGGAGUACGCGCCGGGGACUCCUUGGUACGCGACACGGAGGGUGGAUCCAUGAGACGGCGCCGGCGAGAGAUUUGUGUUUGUUAACGGCUGAACCAAUCCUGGCUUUCCGUUCUUCGUCCAUGACGGAACGAGGCUGAGAUUGACGGAGCCAUUACUUGCUUUAAUCAUGCAAAGCGAUUUCAGAGCUUCUUACUCAGUUUUCGCCGCUGGAACUGGAUUGGAUGUGCUGUUCUCCAUGUACCUCAGGUUUAUCAGCAAAUCUACAACCUGUUCUGAUAUCUCUGUUGAAUUGCAGGUUAUGGCUUUGAAGGAAAGAGGACAGAUUAAUCUCUGAGGAAGCAAAAGCCACAAGUGGUUUGAUGCGAAAAGGGUGAAGAAACCGAAAGAACAAAGGAGGAGGAAGACAAAGAAGAACGAGAUAAGAAGAUCACUGAUUUUCUCUGUUCUGAAAGUGAUUGUGUUGGCUCUGUGUUUGGAGUUAGGGUUUAGUUUGAUGCGAAAAGGGGUUUUAGAAUCUGAGUUUACAGAGGAGAUAGUGAGGAUCUCUGAUGACAGAUCUCAUUCUGGUCGUGAUGUUGGCGAGAAAGUGACGAUCUUGGAAGAUGAGUUAAUGGGUUUUGUUAAAAGUGUAAACGUUUUGAGAUGCAGAGGUUCCAAUUCCAAUUGGAGAAUCAAUCAGGAUGGUCUGAUGUUGAAGUCUAAAAGUGUGUAUAAAUCUGUAACUGAAGAGGUGAGUGUAUGGGGAUGGCCUUUGCAGACAGGUGAAUUGUUUGGUACUGGUUUCUCCUCAAGUUUGUUCACCGUGUUAUCAGGCCGAGUUACUGAUUGGUCAGAGGGGAGAUUUGGUUACACGGUACGUGAGGCCAACAUUUCGUGGGGGAAAACUAAAUGGAGCACAUCGGUUCUGCAACUAGAUCAUAGCACAUGGGUUCUUGAGUACAGUCUAAGCUCAGUGAUAAAACAUUCGAGUUUGUUGUCACUAGGAACAGAUGUCCUAGCACACAUGAUGUUCCAAGCAGCAAAGAAUGUAAACAGAAGGGUUUUGUGGAUGUUUUCAGCCUCACGAAUCUUUAUAGUGGAGUGGUAACAGAGGAGGGUAGCACAAUGACACCAACUUAGAAAACUUAUAAGGAAAAAAAAAGUUAGUCAUGAACAUAUAAGUGCUUGUGACUGUUACUGUGUAGCUAUUAUAUAUUUUUAAAGAUAUCAUUUUUUGGUUAAUUCAUCACUUUUACCAUUUAAA